AUGGCGUACUCCACCAGCACCCUUGCAGAGGGCUGUUUUGGGAAAGUGUACAAGGAGAAGUACAAUGAUACCUGGGCUGCUAUUAAGAAAGUUCCUCAACAUCUCAUCAGCUGGAAGGAUCUGGAGAGAGAGAGUGAAGUGUACAACAAGUCAAAACAUCCCAACAUCGUGAGGCUUCUGGGCAAAAUAACUCUUAAAGAUGGAAAAUGGAUCAUUCCACUAGAGUUUGUCUUCGGAGAGGACUUGGAGACCACCAUCUUCAAGGCGUCAAAGUCUAAAAUAUCGUUGACUCCAGCUAAUAAAGGCACAAUCAUUGUCGGCAUGUGUGAAGGGCUGCUUCAUCUGCACUCCAGAGACAUUGUCCAUCAAGACCUCAAGCCUGAAAACAUUAUGGUGGAGCAUAACACGAACAGAGCGGUAAUUAUUGAUCUGGGACUGGCCAAGUUCUUCAGACGUGGUCUAAACUCUGCAGUGGACAUGGGGAACGAGGCUUACUCGGCUCCUGAGGUGCUGCAGAGGGGUAGCCAGAGAGAUCAGCGUUCAGACGUCUGGGCCAUGGGAAAAAUCAUAGCUGAGCUCUGUGCCCGGAUUCGUCUGUACACACCCAGCGUCUGUCCUGACAAAAUCAAGGAGGUUUUAAAGGACCAACCAUACUGCCCUGCUGUGUGUAGGAUGGUGGAGCAGAACCCAUCUCUGAGGGCCUCCAUGGGCGGGGUCAUUAGUGAUAUUCGAAGAGCUGCAGGAGUGGGCAUUGUCACCAACACACCCAUUCAAAAAGAGCAUCUUAAACCACCUACACCUCACAUUAAUGCCAGAAACCAGUCUCCAUCACCUCUGAAUAGAGAUGCGCAUCUGCCAAUCAGGGACCCGUCACCAAUCAAUCGAGCUGCAUCUCCGCUAAUCAGGGACUUAUCACCGAUAAACCGAGGUGUUUCUCCACUUAACAGGGAUCCAUCACCGUUAAACAAGUUUGACAUACAUCAGUCACCUAUGAAUAAGCCUACAGGGCGAAUAUUUGAACGUUCUCCUAGACCAGAGAUAAAACCUUUGCCUCGAACUGAAGUGCACCUUCCUCCUUCCCCCCAGAGGCUAGAGGACAAGCACAAAAAUCACAAUCUGGCGCCGAAAGGUGGAUCAGAUCUCACACAGGACCUUGUGAAAAUGAAGUUGUUACAAGAAGCUGCCAAGGAUCUUCCCUGCAACCUGCCGACGACGGGAAGGGUGGUAGUGCGGCGUUUUGAGGAGAAAAACGGGGAAAUGGGUUCAUGGGAGCAAACCGAGGUGGUGACUCGUGAUGGAAAGAUAGUCAAGUUUGAUGAUGUCAAGUUUAACAGCAAAUGA